AUGCCUCCUCCUCCAACGAAUGGCCUCUCUCCACAAGAAAUUAGUCACUUUGUGACACAAGCUGGCCUCGCCAAAGCCCGCCUUACCUGGCCCGAAUAUGUGAUCAAAUCAUUCUUCGGAGGGGUUUUCAUCUCUUUGGGUGGCAUGAUCGACAUCAUCGUCAACGCCGGCUCCCCGGGUCUUCGAGCAAGCAAUCCAGGCCUUGCAACACUCAUCGCAGGCUUCACCUUCCCAUUGGGUUUUGUCCUGGUGACCUUGACGAACAUGGAGCUGUCGACGAGUAACUUCUUCGUAAUGCCGUACACGACAAUGCAAAGGAAGACGACAGUAGUGGAUUGGCUCAAGAAUUGGGUCCUGACCUACGUGCUCAACAUCGCCGGCGCGUUGUUCGUCGCGGGCUUUCUGGCGUGGUGGAGCGAUGUACUCAAUACGGAUGAGGCUACGGCGUACGUGACAACCCAGGCGGAAGAACGGGUUAAUGUGCAGUGGUCGGUCAACUUCUUGCGAGGUAUCGGUUGCAAUUUUUUCGUCGGUCUGGCGUUCUUUAUGACUCUGGGAGCAGUGGAGUUCGUUUCCAAAAUCUACACGAUCUGGGUCCCAAUCUGGGCAUUUGUCAUCGCUGGCUACCAGCAUUCAAUCGCCAACUACUUCAUGAUACCGAUCGGAAUGUUCUAUGGUGUGAACUUUUCCGUUGGAAAGUUCAUCUCACAUAGCGUAAUCCCUGUCACUCUCGGGAAUAUUGUUGGCGGCGCUCUGCUUUGUUCUCUGCCAUUUUGGUAUCUUUAUGGCAGAGGUGAUGGAAUUAAUGUGCAAACUGGGCACGAGAUUCGAGAAUCCACGAUGCAAAAGCACAGGGUCGAAUCAGAUGAGACCGUCGGUGGUCGCGAUUCCGCAGCGAGAGGCCGUGACGCAGCUAUGGGAGAUGGUUAUGAUCGGAAUGGUAUGGUACAUACUGCCUGA